AUGGUCAACCAGCCGAAAACCAAGCGCGCUCGCACCAGCAAUCCCCAGUCAAACAAUGAUAGUCAAGUGGCUGGGGACUCUGGUGGUGACAUGCAAGUUGAUACUGAUUCAGAGGUAGGACACACCAGUGUUGGGCAUCGCACAAAGGCAGCCAAGAAUGGUGCAAAACAGAAGACACUUGGUUUCUUCCCGGAUCUUUGGGUCAAACUGCUGGACUAUACAAAGGCCUGUUUCAGGUUGCAUCUUGCCAUCGCAGACCCAUUCCCUGCACACGAGGAAGCUCUGAGUGACACUGGUAUAUGCAUGGAACUAAUCACGGAAUCAAUUGUGGCUUGGGAGGCGCAAAACUGCCGUCUUGAAGCAGGUUUCUACCUCCAGUAUGAGCAGGACAUGGCCACUGUCAUAAGGAUUUACAAUGAUUCUAUCAACUUUCGCAGUAAGAUCAAGCAAAUUGCAAUUAAUGUCGUUCCUGUGGAGUACAAGCUGAGCAGUAGUGAGAGUGAGAUUAAACAGAAGGCGAGUGCACUCUUGAAGGGCUUGAAUUUUUUACAUGGAGAUCGUGACAAGCAUGAUUGUGCUUCUAACUUUGUGCACAGCGGCAUCCGCUCUGUUUGCCUUCAAGCAUUCUAUGAUAGUGGUUUGAAAUUGUUACGACAAUUUGCUGAAUUUCAUAAUGCCAUCCCUUACAAGGCCCUUCUCCUUGUCAUGACCAUUAUGCUCAAGCAGGUCACAGAUGACGAAUAUCAUGGCGAGAAGCUCGAUGAAGAGCUCUGA